AUGCAACACACCAUGGCGACCGAAGGCCUUCACUUGCGGCAUAACCCUCCCUCCGCUCCCACAACCGUGCAGCCGCUUUCUACCGAACAAAAGAAACUGGAACAGCACAGGAAGAGAGAUGCCUUGGCCCACCAGCCGCACCCGGGAGGUGCCAUCAAGCACGGCACCUGGGCUCAAGCCCUGCGCAUGUUUCUCUUCUUCCUGUACUUUAUCGGGGGCUGCAUCUCCAUAUCCAUUACCCAGGUCAUGGGCGCCCCUCUGUACUUCUACAACAAGGACUGGUUCUACGCGUGGAUGGCUAUAACAAAGCAGCAAUUUGGCAUUCUCGUCACUACAAUGACUCACUGGUGGGCUCCGGUCAAAAUGAGAGUCAGCGGCGACGAGAGCGUCAGAGGCCAGUUGUACCAGAGAGAAGAUGGCACCCUCGUUUGUGACUUCCCAGAGCGUUUGGUCCUCAUCGCCAAUCAUCAGAUCUACACCGACUGGGUCUACCUGUGGUGGAUUGCCUAUACCUCUCGAAUGCACGGUCAUUUCUACAUCAUUCUCAAGGAGUCCAUAAAGUACAUACCUAUUCUGGGGACCGGCAUGAUGUUCUACGGCUUCAUAUUCCUCUCGCGCAAAUGGGCUACGGAUCAAGAGAGAUUUCAGUACAGGCUACGCAAACUGAGUGCCAGUCACAACGGUCCCAUGGCCGGAUCAUCGUAUCUUGAUCCCAUGUGGUUGCUCAUAUUCCCAGAAGGGACCAAUCUCUCCGAUAACGGGCGCGUAAACAGUAAGAAGUGGGCAGACAAGAAUGGAAUGCCGGACAUGCAACACACUAUGCUUCCAAGGAGUACUGGACUCCGGUUUUGUCUGUCUGAACUGGAGAAGACGGUGGAGUACAUGUAUGAUUGCACAGUGGCCUAUGAGGGCGUUCCACGUGGGCAAUUUGGUCAAGAUCUUUUCACCAUCCGCUCUUCCUACUUCGAGGGUCGCCCUCCCAAGUCGGUCAACAUGCACUGGCGGCGCUUUGCGGUCAAGGAUAUCCCUACCCACGACGAGAAGCUCUUUGGCGAUUGGCUGCUCAAGCGUUGGAGGGAGAAAGACGAUCUCAUCGAGUACUAUCUCGAACAUGAUCGCUUCCCGGCUGACAAAGGCAGAACUCCGGCCGUGACUGGCGCAAAUGCUUUGCAUGGUGCCGGCUGGAUUGAGACCGAGGUGAAGCCCACCAACCCGCUGGAGGUUUUGCAGAUCUUCGCGCCUGUGGCUGCGUUUGCGUUGGUUGUCAAUGUCCUCAUGAAGUUUUUCGCUAUCAUCAUGAGGGUGUUGCGAAUCCAGUGA